UUUGUAAAUCACUCGCAUACAUCCGGCCCAUUUGCCUUCGAAUACUCUAUCAAAACGAUACCUGUACCAUCAACCAUCAUCAACAUGCCCACUUCUACUUCGACUUCGCCGAUGCAAAUGCCCCGCGAGCCGGCUCCCGCCGCGUUCCCGGCCGGACAGAACAACGCCGAGCAGCCGCGCCCGGUUCAGCCCAUGUCCAUGGAGAAUCAACCCACCAUGGGAAUGCGAGGAGGCAAGGGUGACGGUGGUGCCAUCUGCUGCGGCAUCUGCGCUGGACUCUGCUGCUUCGAGUGCCUAGACUGCUGCUGUUAA